AUGUUCGCCGCUCGUGCAACACAUGCCUCGCCAGCCCGUCUGGCGAGCGCACUCCGUGGCAAUACAGUCGCUCAGGCAGGUCGAUCGCUUCGCGCUACCUCCUCUGCCUUUGGAUCCUCGGCUUCGCUCUCUACCCUCGCAACUCGAAGCUACAUCCCCAGCCGAGCCAGCGCUGUUGCCUCCUCUUCCAUCGCACGUACCUUCUCCACGACUCCAGCUGCUCGCAGAGCUACACCAAUCGAGGAAGGCGAUGGCGAACCCUUUGACCUCAACACAGUAGAGCGUGUGGCGGAUGAAGUCGACGUCAUCAUCGUCGGCGGUGGCCCUGCAGGUCUAUCUGCCGCCAUCAAGAUCAAGCAGCUCGCCGAGGAGCGUGGAGAGGAGAUUCGUGUUGUCGUCCUCGAGAAAGGUCCAGAAGUUGGAAACCACAUUCUUUCCGGUGCCGUCAUUCAGACCAACGCUCUCGACGAGCUUCUGCCCAACUGGAAGGAGCUCGGCGCACCUCUGAACCAGCCUGCUCUCGAAGAUCAGAUGCGGUUCCUUACACCUAACGGAUCCUUCCCAAUGCCACAUCCACCACAGAUGUCCAACAAGGGCAACUACAUUGUCUCCUUGUCCCGUGUCGUAGCAUGGCUCGGUGAGCAGGCUGAGGCCGCCGGUGUCGAGAUCUACCCAGGUUUCGCUGCUGCACAGCCUCUCUGGCAGAUGGAUGACAGUGGCAAGCCCAUCGGCAUCAAGGGUGUCAUCACCAACGAGAUUGGUCUCGACAAGUCGCGCAAGCCCAAGGACUCUUUCGAGCCAGGUAUGGAAUUUCACGCUCCCAUCACACUCUUCGCUGAGGGUGCUCACGGCUCUAUGACUCAAAAGAUGAUCAGGCAGCUCGGCUUGCGUGAGCAGGUUGGUGCUGACCCACAGACGUAUGGUCUUGGUGUUAAGGAGGUGUGGCGAGUUAAACCCGAGAAGCACCAGGCUGGUCUCGUCACCCACACCAUGGGCUGGCCUCUUGACACCAGGACCUACGGUGGAAGUUGGACCUACCACAUGGAGGACAACAUGGUUUCGCUCGGUCUCGUCGUUGGUCUCGACUACCAGAACCCUUACCUCAGCCCCUUCCGUGAGUUUCAGCGUAUGAAGCACCACCCCUUCUUCAAAGACCUUCUCGAGGGUGGUGAGUGUCUCGCUUACGGUGCAAGGACGCUUAACGAAGGUGGAUACCAGUCGAUCCCUAAGCUCCACUUCCCUGGAGGUGCAUUGGUCGGUUGUGCAGCUGGUUUCCUCAACGUCCCCAAGAUCAAGGGUACACACAACGCCAUGAAGUCGGGCAUGGUUGCUGCUGAGUCUCUUGUCGACGCACUGGCCAAGCGUGCCGAGUCCGGCUCUGAGGAGACAAUCGACCUUGCCGACUACAAGACCAGACUGGACGACACUUACGUCAUGAAGGAGCUUUACGAGGUGCGCAACUUGCGGCCUUCAUUCCACGGUCCACUUGGCUUCUGGGGUGGUCUCGCGUACUCGGGUCUCGACUCGAUGAUCCUCAAGGGUCGUGUGCCUUGGACCUUCCACCACCCUGGUGAGGACCACGCUCAGACCAAGCCUGCUGCUCAGUGCGAGCCUAUCGAGUACCCCAAGCCAGACGGAAAGCUCUCGUUCGAUAUCCUCACUUCGGUCUCCAGGACAGGUACCAACCACGCCGAGGACCAGCCUGUUCACUUGGUAGUCAAGGAUGGCGACUACAAGGGACACGUUGAGAGGAACGUGGGUACUUUCGAGGGUCCUUUGGGAAGGUGCUGCCCCGCUGGUGUCUACGAGUAUGUUGAGGCCGACACUCCUGCUCAGGAGGAUGCAUUGGGCAAGAAGUUGGUGAUCAACAGCCAGAAUUGCAUUCACUGCUACACCUGCUCAAUCAAGGCACCUGACCAGAGUAUUCGAUGGGAUGUGCCUGAGGGCGGAGGAGGACCCAAGUACUCGAUGACCUAA